CAUUUGGGAUUCGGCCUUUGACUUGGCCGCUAGUGGCUGGAGACACACACAGUGCUAGCUGUUAGCCAGCGGAGCUGAUGCGGAGAGGGAGCGCCGACGCUCUUGGGUUCAUACGACGCCCGAGUCUGACGUUAGAGGAAUAAAUAAAGUGCUUGAUAGUUAUACAGUAAAACAGCUGAGGUUGGUCUGUCCUGUCAGCACCAGUCUGGUAAAUCAUGGCUGAACCAGAACUUCUGCUGGACUCCAACAUCCGCCUGUGGGUUGUGCUGCCCAUCGUGUUCAUCACUUUUCUCGUCGGGGUCAUUCGACAUUACGUCUCCAUCUUAUUACAGAGUGACAAGAAACUCACCCUGGAGCAGGUUUCAGACAGCCAGGUUCUCAUCAGGAGCAGAGUAUUAAGAGAAAAUGGAAAAUACAUCCCCAAACAGUCCUUCCUGAUGAGAAAAUUUUACUUCAAUAACCCAGAUGAUGGAUUCUUUAAAAAGACAAAAAGAAAAGUAGUGCCUCCUUCCCCUAUGACUGACCCAAGCAUGUUGACAGAUAUGAUGAAAGGCAACGUGACAAACGUUCUUCCCAUGAUCCUUAUUGGUGGCUGGAUCAACUGGACCUUUUCUGGGUUUGUCACAACUAAGGUACCGUUCCCUCUCACGCUCCGUUUCAAGCCUAUGUUACAGCAAGGGAUAGAGUUACUCUCGCUUGAUGCAUCCUGGGUUAGCUCAGCAUCCUGGUAUUUCCUGAAUGUCUUUGGACUGAGAAGCAUGUAUUCUUUGAUUCUUGGACAGGACAAUGGGGCAGAUCAGUCUCGCAUCAUGCAGGACCAGAUAAGUGGUGCUGCUAUGGCGAUGCCUGCAGACACAAACAAAGCAUUCAAGGCAGAAUGGGAGGCACUAGAGUUGACAGAUCAUCAGUGGGCACUAGACAGUGUGGAGGAGGAUCUGAUGAGCAAGGACUUGGAUCUUUCUGGCAUGUUCAGCAAAGAUUUGCCAACAGGCAUUUUCUAAAGGCAUUAAAGGACAUCACCUUGCAGUGUAAUUAUGGUUAAAUUGUGUGGACCGGUUUGGAACUAAUGGGAUACAACAUGGUAUUUAUUCUUAGAGAAGUUGCAUAAACCUCACUGCAGACAUAUCUAAUUGUGCAUGUACUGUUCUCACUGAAUUUCUUUUGGGUUAUCAUAAAAAAAAAAAAGAAAAAAAAAGAUUAAGACUAAAGAAAUUAUUUGAAAUUAAUCUUCACUUUAUAUAUUACUUUCUUCACCUUCAAAAAUCUAGUAGGACCCAUAGAAUAGCUUGUGGCCCGGGGUGUAUACUGUAAAGCUACUUUCCUCAGUCACCAACAUGUGUAUAGGUUUGAUUUGGUUUAGCGGAAACCUCCAGCUGAACCAAUUAGCUUUGUAUCCAUGUAAUUCAGUUUAGUCUUAUACCCCAGCAUAUUCACAUAGCAACAUUCCCUGAUCAACACUGUAUGUGUUGAGUUUUUUUAUUCAUUUUAUUUGACCAGCUGAUUAACAGGACCAUAGAUGAUUUAGAUUUAAAGAAGAAGCAGUUAGAUGGAAUUUUGGACCAAUUGCAAUUCAGUCAUAUUAAGAGCUGUCCUUUAGUGAUGGUGACUUAUUUUCAUCUAAUUUGAGGGUCAGUGUUAAGCUUGUUUUGCUGAUUUCCUGCUUAAACAACUUCUACGCUUGGUAAUUAUCUUCCGUUGUGUUUGAGCGGAAAUUCUCCAGACUAUCCUCCACGACUGAAAGUGCAGACUUUUGAUAGAUUUCCUUCAGUUACCUGGUAGUCUUUUAACAAUUAUUACACAUUGUUUUUAAUUCAUUGUUCUGCUUAGUUUUUGUUUUUAUUACUAUUACUAUUAUUUAUUUGUUUUGUAACAUUUCAUUUUUGUAAAGUGACCAUUAUGUACUUGCAAGAAGUGUUCGUUCAUAAUAGAACUCAUUUUCUAAAGCAA